AACACGCAACUCGUUCGUAACUCAAAUCAGAGUCAUAAUUUUUUAAAUAAAUAAAUUAUUUAUUCUUUAUUUUGUUUCAAACUUAAUAAUGUUACGUUACACGGUUUUCGUACUUAAUAUAUUGUGGACAGUUUGUUAUGGAUAUAUAGACAUUGAGAAAUAUUUCAAAGUGUGCGACAGAGACGCAGACGAUGUGAACGAUUGUAUAGCUGAAGCAGUACAAGGUGGACUGAUAACCGUGGCUGAUGGAAUCAAGGAGAUGGGAGUGCCACCAGUGGAUCCGUAUCGACAAAAGGAUUUACGUGCCGAAUAUAACAAUAAUCAGAUUUCAGCUAAAAUGCAUAUGACAGACAUUUACGUACAUGGAUUAAAAUUAGCGAAAGUCAAAGAUGCAAGAUUGCGUGCCGAUGAUGAUAAUUUUCAUUUGGAGGUUGAUAUAGAGACCCCAAGGGUGUUUGUGACUGGCCAGUAUGAAGGCGAAGGACGCUACAAUUCGUUGAAGAUCGUCGCCAAAGGAUCUUUCAAUAGCACUAUGACUGAUUUGGUCUAUACAUGGAAAUUAGAUGGAGUGCCCGAAAAGAAAGGAAAUGAGACAUAUAUGAGAAUAAAUUCCUUUUAUAUGAGGCCAGAUGUCGGCAAUAUGGUGUCAUAUUUAACUAAUGAUAAUCCUAACAGCAAAGAUUUAAUUGAUCUAGGAAACCGAUUCAUCAAUAGCAAUAAUAAUUGGAGACUGAUGUACCGAGAGUUAUUGCCGUUUGCACAAGCCAACUGGAACAAAAUUGGGAUUCGUGUUUCUAAUAAGAUAUUUUUGAAAAUACCCUAUGAUCAGUUAUUUCCUACUUCAUCGCGAUGAUUACAUUUAACAACGUGUACUGAUCACAAUAUGUAUAUUUUACAAACGUACCUGUACCUAUAUUUAUGAACUUAAAAUAGAAACAUGAAAUUAGAGAACUCUGUAAUUCUAAACAAUGAUUUGUCUGUGAUAUUUACCUAAAUGAAAACAACAAUAUAUA